GAAGCAUUCCCACACGCUUCAUCAAUUUGUGAGGCGCAUAUGGUAAUGGUCAAGAAAUUUAGUGUAGUAUUAAUUUCCAGGACCAUUUUGGCAUGGAAAUCAAGAAUCACGACCCCGAUCCUUUAGUUUCGACUUAGUAUAGAAUUUUUCAUAUACUGCACUGCUUUCAAUGGCUUGUCCUCAACUCGUUUGACUCUGCUGCCUGCCUUUAUAAGUUUCUUCCCUUCCCUCUCUCUCUCUCAUUCUCCUUAUUUCUAUCCUCUCUCGUUACUUUGGACUCUAAUAAACGAUAGUUUACGUGGGCACUUGUGAGAAUGGGAGUAAUGGGCAAAACCAGAAUGGUUUUAACCUUAACAUGUAGAGCUGUGCAUGAGGCUGUGAGCUUCGUCGUUUUUUGUUUUCUUGAUCUUCUUGAUUCUGUUCUAUGUUUCGCAUACAAAGUAGCAGAUUUCUUCAUUGAAGCAGAUUGGAAACCCUGUUAUUGCACCUCAGCUAAAGAAGCCAUCACUAGCAGUGGCAAGAUCUUGGUUUCUGAACAAGGUGAGUCCAAGAUUGUUUGCCUCAGCUCUAGCAAGUUAGAGCUACAAGAGAUCUCAGACACUCUUUAUACUCGCCCUUCCCUACUUUCUGAAGUUUCAAAGUUGACUGUUAAUGUAUUAAAACGAAUCAAGUUGGAAAGGAGCAUUGUACAAUCCUGGAAGAAGGUGAAGAAAGGAACCCCGAGAUCCUCUUUCACGAUUAACUCCACCAUUGUUGAAAUGCUUCAAGGAAAGAUUGAAGGGCAGCAAACGCAUCCCAUCCCCAGAUGGUCCGACUGUGAUUGUCAACAUUGCACUAGAUGGAUCACCUCUAGCAAAGAUAAUCUAUUUGUUAAAGCUGAAGGCGCAGACGAAGGUGGUAAUAAUAAUCAGGCAAAAGUAGAUGUUCUCUUCAUCCAUGGAUUCAUUUCAUCUUCAGCAUUUUGGACAGAAACUGCAUUUCCUAACUUCUCGGAUGCUGCUAAAGCCAAAUACCGAUUCUUUGCCGUGGAUUUGCUAGGAUUUGGGAGAAGCCCAAAGCCAACAGACUCUCUAUACACACUUAGAGAGCAUUUGGAAAUGAUUGAAAGAUCUGUGAUCGAACCUUACAAAGUUAAAUCCUUCCACAUUGUUGCUCAUUCUCUGGGUUGCAUUUUGGCCCUAGCUCUUGCAGUAAAAUACCCUGCAUCCGUCAAAUCACUCACUCUCCUUGCACCACCAUAUUAUCCGGUGCCAAGAGGGUUACAAGCAACACAGUAUGUUAUGAGAAUGGUAGCUCCAAGGCGCGUAUGGCCACUCAUUGCAUUUGGCGCGUCGAUUGCCUGUUGGUAUGAGCAUAUAAGCCGGACGAUUUGUCUUCUUAUAUGCAAGAACCAUAGGCUGUGGGAAUUUCUUGCUAAACUCAUCACAAGAAACAGGAUCAGGACAUUCUUGCUCGAAGGAUUCUUUAGCCAUACCCACAAUGCAGCAUGGCAUACCCUACACAAUAUUAUCUGUGGAACCGCCGGUAAGCUCGACGGCUAUUUGGAUAAAGUCCGGGAUAAUCUAAAAUGUGAUGUCAAUAUCUUCCAUGGGAGAAAUGAUGAGCUUAUUCCAGUUGAAUGUAGUUACAACAUAAAACGAAGAGUUCCUCGUGCUCGUGUCAAGGUGAUAGAGAAAAAAGAUCAUAUUACUAUUGUUGUUGGCAGGCAAAAGGCCUUCGUUCGAGAACUAGAGAAGAUUUGGAGUAGAUCAGGUCAUUAAGACUCUACUCUUUUACAUGCAAGUCCUGGCUAUAACCUUUAAGUCACCAUAUGCAUAUAUCCUAUCAAAGUGGAUUAGUAUGUUUUCUUCUACUUGUUCAAGGCAAUCAUUAUUAUUGGGUAUAAAAUACUUGAUUAUUCAGAAAAUCACGUGUAAGUUCAUAAUAAAAUAAAAUAAAAUUGCUUGAUAUUGAAUCUGGUC